UAUGAUGGCAAGCAUAAUUCACGUGGUUGCAUUGAUCUGCCUCCCUUUUGUCGCGGUAGUCUUAGGGACCGCUGGCAAAUAUUUGUUCUCGCUCUUGCGUCGUGAUUGUCAUCAUUAUUCAGAGAUGAGUCUUCUCAUUACCAUGGGGUCAGCAUAUUUUCAUGAUUUAGGGAUAACUCUUCUGAAUCCUGAUCAUCAUAGGGUCAUGUCAUGUAGAACUUGCGCAAAUUUUGGUCCUGACUGAAAACGCAUCAUGCAUAUCUGUUCCUGGCGAAGCAUUCUACACCAUAAUGAACGUUUUAACUCAGCUAUAAAAGACAGCCAUUGUAUCGGAUGGACACUCAGCGGAUCCCCUGUUUCUUUCGCGUCAAAUGGCCAUCAAGUUUUUGUAUUCCUUUGUCGCUGCUGUUGUUAGCACCACAACAGUCCUCGUUCAUGCCAAGACGUCUGCGCCGCUCCGGUUCGCAGGUGUCAAUAUUGCAGGCUUUGACUUCGGUUGUGGCACAGAUGGCACUUGCGUUGCUUCAGGCGCUGUUCCCCCCAUUCACCAACUAUCCGGUAUUGAUGGCUUGGGCCAAAUGCAGCACUUUGUCAAGGACGGCUACAAUGUGUUCCGUCUCCCUGUUGGCUGGCAGUACCUCACCAAUGACAAGAUGACCGGUGUCUUGGAUAAGACCCAGUUUGCGAAAUAUAACAUGCUGGUGUCCGACUGCCUGAGCACUGGCGCUUACUGUGAGAUCGAUAUCCACAAUUACGCCAGGUACAAUGGACAGAUCAUCGGUCAAGGGGGUCCAAGCAACAAAAUAUUUGCUGAGCUCUGGUCUAACAUUGCCUCGCACUGGAAGAACGAGACGAGAGUCAUCUUUGGGGUUAUGAACGAACCUCAUGAUAUCCCGAACAUCACCGCUUGGGCUGCGUCAGUUCAGAGUGCAGUUACAGCCAUUCGGGAAGCUGGCGCUAAAACUCAGAUAAUUCUCCUUCCCGGAACAGACUGGGCUUCUGCGAAGACUUUUGUUUCCAGUGGUUCCGCUAAAGCCCUUAGCAGGGUGCAUAACCCUGAUGGCACAUACACUAACCUUGUUAUGGACGUCCACGAGUACCUCGACUCCGACGGCUCUGGCACCAACGCUGAAUGCGUGACCAACGACAUUGAGGAUGCAUGGGCCCCUCUGACCACCUGGCUCCGUGCAAAUGGUCGCCAUGCUCUUAAUACGGAGACUGGUGGUGGGAACGUAAACUCUUGUGUCAGCUACAUGUCACAACAGAUUAGAUAUCAGGCCGCUCAAUCUGAUGGUACGUUUUUCAUACGUUAUUGUGCCCUGAUACAAAUCGACAUGUGUCAUCUGUAGUUAUCCUGGGUUACAUUGGGUGGGCGGCUGGCUCCUUCGCCACAAAUUAUGUGCUUUCUCAGGUGCCUUCCUACAGCGGCAAUCAUUGGA